AACUCUAUACACGUGCGGGUGGUACAUCAGGGCUUGUGGUGGUAUCCUACACAGAGCAAGGAAAGAAGAGAGUUUGUUACCUGAGUGCAUACGACGUACAGCCUGCACUGUCUGGAAGCACCUUAUGGUUGCUGUUCGCUGUCAUUUUGGGCGUAUUCUUUCUCACCUGUGUGCAGCAGGUAUCAUUUGGCUUUUUUGUAUCUUCUUUUUUUUUGGAGGAGACAGAGGUGUUAUCUACAGCAGCACACUGUGGAUGAAGACUCACUCCUCGUUUUUUCAUGGAAAGAAGACUCUAUGAUGGGUGCCUAGCAUGGCUGUGGCUCCUGAACCGACCACCCAGGGACCGGUAUGGCUUUUAGCCGCAUCAGUAAACUGGACCCCCCGUCCCGAGGCAUCUUCAGGAAAGCGGCGGUCAUGCUGUGCUCCCUCCUCACCUCUUUCUUCCUCCUGCACUGCCUCGCCGACCGCUGCAGCACCACCUCGCCCUCACCGGUCAAAGCGGUCUCCAGCCGGGCUACGGGGCUGUUCCAGGACUUGAGGUCGCUGAGGACUAAAAGACUUGCGUACGAAUGGACCGCCGGGUCGGAGCUGAUGGGCUACGGGGCUGCCAGGCGCUCCUCGCGGGUCCUAGCGGAUGGGCGCGCGAGGCAGGUUUUGGAGCUGCCCGAGGAGUCUUUCAUCUUGCCGCCUCCGGAUAUAGUCGCUUCCAGGAAAGUAUCGCCGAGGUUCGCAGGUAAACUCAGCCCGCUCGGGGAGGGGAGCAAGAAGCUGCCCCAGGCUCUCAUCAUCGGGGUGAAGAAAGGAGGGACCCGGGCUCUGCUGGAGUUUCUCCGCGUUCAUCCAGACAUCAGAGCCGUGGGAGCGGAGCCGCACUUCUUCGACCGCAACUAUGAGAACGGACUGGAGUGGUACAGGGAGCUGAUGCCCAAGACCCUGGAGGGCCAGAUCACCAUGGAGAAAACCCCCAGCUACUUUGUGACCAGAGAGGUGGUGCAGAGGCUACGGGACUUCUACAGGCCCUUCAACAUGAAGUUCUACCAGAUGACCGGGCGUUUCUUUGGCUGGGAUGACUGA